AUAUUAUGCGAAUAUUGCGAAGAUUCAGGUUCAAUUCCAUUAGAUUUAAAGCAAACAAUAAAAAAAUUAAUGAAAACAGAAAACAGUUUUAAAAAUAACGAAGAAUUUAAAGUUAUAGAAAUGGGAAACCAUAUGUUAAAUUAUCAUUGUAAUGAAGGUAUAUUAUAUAUGGCAUUAAUAAGUAAAAGUUAUGAUGUAAGACUUUGUAAGAUGUAUUUGGAAGAUAUUUAAGGUGGAUUUAAUGAUGUAAAAUUAUUUAAAGUUUUACUUAUGUAAUAUAAUUAUUUAAAUUAAAGGAAAUUAAAAAUUAUUAUGGAAGUACAGGUGGAAUCGAUUAUUUUUCUAAAAUUUCAACAAUAGAAGAAAGCUAUAAAUUUAUUAAAUUUGACAGAUUUAUAAAAAAGAAAAAAUAAGAAUAUUAAGAUUAGAGAUCAAUUACUAAUACAGAAAAGCUUAAAAAUGAUAUUACUGAAUUGAAUAAAAUAAUGCAUUAAAAUAUUGAUUUAUUAUUAAAUAGAGACAAUUAAUUAGAUAGUAA